UGUGUACCUAUACUCAGAUAUUUGUUGACAGCCAUGUUUCCAAUAUGAAUGGGUUAUAUAUAAGAAAUUCUUAUUUGAAAUAUAUUUUGAAUUAUUCUCUUUUUUUCCAGAUCGGAUGGCACCGAAUCUCCAAUUCUCGAAGAACAGGAGAGUGCCAAUUCAGAGAAGCCAAAACAACAAGUUAAAUUUGGUGAACUAGUCAUUUUAGGAUAUAAUGGAUUUUUGCCACAAGGCGACCGAGGCAGGAGACGAAGCAAGUUCGUGUUCUGCAAACGUCCAGUGGCGAACGGAGUGAAGAGGUUACGGCAUUAUGUAGUCAAGACACCACAUUCGACGCAAGCAAUUUUAGAUGCCAACCAACAUUCGAUAUCUUACACCUUGUCCAGAAACCAUGCCGUCAUUGUGGAAUAUACAAACGAUGAAGACACCGAUAUGUUUCAGAUUGGUAGAUCAUCAGAGUCGCCCAUAGAUUUUGUGGUGAUGGAUACAAUUCCUGGAGACAAAAUGGGAGAGACCAAAGUUAACCAAAGUACUAUAUCGAGGUUUGCAUGUAGAAUAUUAUGUGAUAGAGUGAAUACAAAAAUAGCGAGGAUAUAUGCUGCUGGAUUUGAUACGUCUAGAAAUAUAUUUUUAGGGGAGAAAUCAUUGAAAUGGCAAGAAAACGGCCGAGAAAUAGAUGGAUGUACGACAAACGGUGUCCUCAUUAUGCACCCCAGAGGUAGUUUCUGUGGAGGCGAAGCGAAAUGCGGAUAUUGGCUGGAAACAUCUGUCGGUGGUGGUAUUUUUUCUUUGAGAGAGUCCAGGUCUGCACAGCAAAGGGGCCAAGUGGUCGAAGAAGUGUCGAAUGUACUGCAGGACGGUACUUUGAUUGAUCUUUGUGGAGCAACUUUGCUGUGGCGUUCUGCUGAAGGAUUAGCUAAAUCACCUAGUAAACGAGACUUGGAACGAGAAAUCGACGAAAUUAACGCUGGGCGGCCUCAGUGUCCGGUCGGUCUCAACACCCUCGUGAUUCCGAGAAGAGUUUCGCCGAAUGAGAAUAUGCAACAGCCGUAUGUUUACUUGAAUUGCGGACAUGUCCAAGGGUUGCACGAAUGGGGUCACGAAAAGGACACUGGAUCCAGAAAAUGUCCCAUAUGCCUAGAGUUAGGACCUGUUGUGAAAGUGUUUAUGGGCUUAGAACCAGCAUUCUAUGUGGAUUCUGGACCUCCAACAUUUGCAUUCAACCCUUGUGGCCAUAUGGCUACAGAAAAGACUGUCAAGUAUUGGGCAAAUGUGGCAAUACCGCAUGGCACCAAUGGUUUUCACGCUGUGUGUCCGUUUUGUGCAUCACCUUUGUCUGGAUCGCCGGGUUACGUGCGAUUGAUAUUCCAGGACAACGUGGACUGA